AUGACCAAAACAUACAAUGAUAUUGAGGCAGUUACACGCUUAUUAGAAGAGAAAGAGCGUGAUUUAGAGCUAGCUGCACGAAUUGGAACAACUCUACUUGAGAAAAAUCGUGAUCUGGAGUCACGAUCUGAAAAUCUAGAAGAGCAACUAUCAGCAGCCAAUGACAAGGUCAGUCAGUUACGCCAUGAUGUGUCUAUGAAAGAUGAGCUACUACGAGUUUAUUGUCAAGAUCUAGAAGAUGAUGGCACAAACGCACCUCAAGUUAGUCCAGAAGAUGGAGGUUUAUCACUCAGUGUUAUUAAAGUGGAAGGAUUACACCAGAAAGUUAAAAGUCUUGAAGAUGAAAACCUCACACUGCGACUUGAGACAGCCCAGCUUAAAUCUGAUACUAGUGUUAUGGAAGAGAAGGAGAAAAAGCUAGUAGAAGAUUGUUUACAACAAUUAGCUGAAGUAAAUCAACAAGUCGAAACCUUCGCUGAAGAACUGAGCAAAAAAUCAGAUGACAACAUACAUCAGAAAGAAGAAAUAACAUCAUUAUUGGCUAAGAUUGUAGAUUUACAGAAACGUGUUAGAAGUCUGACAAUAGAAAAUAUGGAAUUAUCCAAACAUCUACAGGCUUCACAAGAAUCUCAACGUAAACUCACUAAAGAGUUGGGAAUGAUGCAAGAUAAAUAUGAUGAAUUAUUUGAGGUGCUAGAGGAAGCGAAUGAAGAGUUAAAAGUGUUACGACGUAAACAACGCCCUAGUGGUAAUCAAUCCUAUAUCUCUAGUUCUCUCUUUAACGUACCAUCAGAUUCACUGGCAUCAGAACUAGAACUAUCUAUGAAGAGUGAAGAACAUCCAAGUGGUUUGACUAUUGAAGACAGAAGGUAA